CUAAGCUGUCCGCAAGCGUAGUAGACGUGUACGUUGAAAAAAACAUGAAGUACUUUACUAAAAAUUUCCACCUAAUUGGAUUUCUACUCGCAGUACAGUUUGCAGCAACGGGUGCUUUUCUCAAGUUGAUACCGUUUGGCAAAAAGAUCGAGUUUAUCAGCAAGACAAACACCGUGCAAGUUUCGUACGCUCUGCAUCAGCCGAAAUCAAUUCUAAAUCAAUCGAUUGAUUUGGAGUUUAAUAUUACACGUCCUCUAAAGGAUGUUAAACUCCAGUUUAGCUACCAUAUCACCGAUGAAAAUGGUGCUAUUCAGGCCCUGCUAAUCAAGCGCACCGUCGACUUGUGUUCGUACAUGCGCAAUCCAAGCACCGACCGUGUGGUAAAGCAGGUGUACGACUAUGUCACCGAACGGACCAACGUUAAGCUGCAGUGUCCUAUCGCUGCCGGCAACUACUACAUUCGCAACAUUCGACCGUCCGAUGUGCCCACGCCGGGCUUUCUGCCCGAGGCGCACCUUGUGCUGGAAACGCUCUACCGCUCCGAGGUGCGGCGUGCAACUUUGAUCGAGUUCCGGUACUUUACCAAAAUGGUGCGAUACAUUGAAAAUAUUUUCUAAUGAAAGCAAUGUAAGAA